AUGUCUGCCAAGGCCCCUUCAGCUCCAUCUGCCAUCGAACGUGCCACGCUCACCAUCCGUAACGGUCCUAUCUUCCACGGAAAGUCCUUUGGUGCAAAGACCAACAUCUCUGGUGAAGCCGUCUUCACCACCUCUCUUGUCGGAUAUCCAGAGUCCCUCAGUGACCCUUCCUACCGUGGUCAGAUCCUUGUCUUUACCCAGCCGCUUAUCGGCAACUACGGCAUUCCGUCUUCGGAGCGUGACGAGCAUGGCCUGCUCAAAUACUUCGAGUCACCCAGCCUCCAGGCUGUCGGUGUCGUCGUUGCAGAUGCCGCUCUCAAAUACAGCCACUGGACUGCUGUUGAGAGUUUGAGCGAAUGGUGCAUCCGAGAGGGUGUCCCUGCUAUCUCUGGCGUUGAUACUCGUCAGAUUGUCACUUACCUCCGUGAACAGGGCUCUUCUCUUGCUCGAAUCACCGUCGGCGAGGAGUAUGAUGCCGACCAGGAUGAAGCCUUCAUUGACCCGGAGCAGAUUAACCUUGUCCGUAAGGUCAGCACCAAGUCUCCCUUCCACGUCAGUGCUGCCAACAGCACCUCCCAUGUUGCCGUCAUCGACUGUGGAGUGAAAGAGAACAUCCUCCGAAGCCUCGUCAGUCGUGGAGCCAGUGUGACCGUCUUCCCUUAUGACUACCCAGUCUACAAGGUUGCUCAUCACUUCGAUGGUAUCUUCAUUUCCAACGGUCCCGGUGAUCCAACUCACUGCUCCCAGACCGUCCACACUCUUUCCAAGUUGAUGCAAACCUCCCAGAUUCCCAUCAUGGGCAUCUGUCUCGGCCAUCAGCUUCUUGCCCUGGCUGUUGGCGCCCGUACUAUCAAGCUGAAGUAUGGUAACCGUGCCCACAACAUCCCAGCCCUUGAUCUGACUACCGGUCGAUGCCACAUCACCAGUCAGAAUCAUGGCUAUGCUGUUGAUGCCAGCACUCUUCCAAGUGACUGGAAACCCUACUUCGUUAACCUCAAUGACAACAGCAAUGAAGGAAUGAUUCACAAGACCCGACCUAUUUUCAGCACUCAAUUCCACCCCGAAGCCAAGGGAGGCCCCCUUGACUCAUCUUACCUGUUUGAUAUUUACCUCGACAGUGUUCAGAAGUACAAGGCUAAUCAGGCUAUUAACCAACCUGGACGUGACAACCGCCCCAGCCCCCUGUUGGCGGAUCUCCUUGGGAAUGAGCGAGUCGGUGUUAGCAUCGACCGAGAGUCCCAUAUGGCCUCUGCCCCUGAAGAGUCAGCACAGACUCUUGUUGCUGCCACUGCUUAA